AUGUCGGUAGUGGAUGUUUAUAGCGUGGAACAGUUCAGAAACAUAAUGAGCGAAGACAUUCUCACAGUGGCUUGGUUUACUGCCGUGUGGUGCGGUCCAUGCAAAACUAUCGAGAGACCUAUGGAGAAGAUUGCGUACGAAUUUCCAACGGUGAAGUUUGCCAAAGUGGAUGCUGACAACAAUUCUGAAAUAGUGUCCAAGUGCAGGGUGUUACAGCUCCCUACCUUCAUUAUCGCGAGGAGCGGAAAAAUGCUUGGACAUGUGAUUGGAGCUAACCCUGGAAUGCUGAGACAAAAAUUAAGAGAUAUCAUCAAAGACAACUAA